UGCUGCGGCCGCACGCCUGAUUGAUAUAUGACUGCAAUGGCACUUUUCCAUUUGACAUUCUCUCUCUCUCUUCCUCUCUCCCUGCCUCUCUCUCUCUCUCUCUCCCUGUGUCGCUUAAACAACAGUCCUAACUUUUGUGUGUUGCAAAUAUAAAAGGCAAGCCAUGUGACAGAGGGACAGAAGAACAAAAGCAUUUGGAAGUAACAGGACCUCUUUCUAGCUCUCAGAAAAGUCUGAGAAGAAAGGAGCCUUGCGUUUCCCCCAAGCUGUGCAACAGAUACUGUGAUGAUGGAUUGCAUGUGCAAAAAGUAAGACAGACUCCGGCAUACAAAGGACAAUGACAACAAGCAAGCUUCAGUCAUAUCCUGCCCUUUCCUUGAAAGGAACUGGAUCCUAGGUGAAGACAUUUCCAAUUUUUAGUCCUCUGCCUCCCUCUGCUGUUCCUCUUGAGAAGUUUUUUCCUCACAACAAUGAGAAAUCAUGUACUAGCUGCAUCUUUUUCUAUGCUCUCCCUGCUGGCACUAAUGGGAGAUACAGACAGCAAAACGGACAGCUCGUUCAUGAUGGACUCCGACCCUCGACGCUGCAUGAGGCACCAUUAUGUUGAUUCCAUCAGUCACCCAUUGUACAAGUGUAGCUCAAAGAUGGUGCUCUUGGCCAGAUGUGAGGGCCAUUGCAGCCAGGCAUCACGCUCAGAGCCCUUGGUGUCCUUCAGCACUGUCCUCAAGCAACCCUUCCGCUCUUCCUGUCACUGCUGCCGGCCCCAGACCUCCAAGCUGAAGGCACUGCGGCUGCGCUGCUCAGGGGGCAUGCGGCUCACCGCCACCUACCGGUACAUCCUCUCCUGUCACUGUGAGGAGUGCAGCUCUUGAGACCAGCUGUUGAGUGACUUCUGGACGGCACGACCUCCCCACUCCCCCAGGCGGUCCAACCCACCAGAGAAGGACUGGCAAAACAACAGUUAAGGCAAAAAAAAAGAUGCAGCAAUUCCCACUGGAUUCUGCAUAUUCUAGUAAUAAAGACUUUACAUGCUUGUUGACAGAGAGAGAAACUCUGGGAACUUGUUUUCCAUUCCCAUUUCUGUUCCCUGAUACAAUUUCUUUUGGUUCCUUUUCAGAUUCAAACUUUUUUCCCCUUGGUGCUGAAUGCUGUUUGCAUUUCCAACAAUUCAGCAUUAGUGGAAAAGUGGGCCCCCACGCAAGAGUGGUCAGGCUGGCACUGUUUGGAGAAGACUAGGAAAGCACUCAGGUUGGAAAGCAGGAAAGCCCAACUCUUUUGGGGACAUCACUUUUUUUUCUUUCAGUUUUGUCAUUUGGUCUAAGGUCACCAUUGCUGCUGAAGGUUAGCAAUUUCAAAUUCCAGGCACCAAGCAUGUGGAUAUGUUUAACUGGGUUCACUCACAGCCAGCUAACAAACAUUAAAAUAACUAACAGGCAGAUUCUCUCAUGUGACGCUGGAACUCCUGAUAGCUGUAAUUAUUAUUCAGAAAUACCUUUGGGGAAGUAAAAGCAGCAUAAAGGACUUGUCACCCGAAGCCUUUCUCAGAUAAAUUAUGGUAAAACUUUGUUAAGAGAGUAGACAUUUAGAGACAGACACAAACACAGAUCCUAUACCAACUUUGGAAAAGGCAUAUAUGUAUUUGUGGCAUGGAGAAUGCACUAUACUCAUGCAUGCAAAUUAGACAACAAAGUAUGAAUUUAUUUGUGGGUGUGCUAUAGCUUUAGCCAUGUUGCUGACGUCAUUCUUUAACACCCACUUGUCCAUGUGAAACUUGCUGCCAAAAUGGUGGCUUGGCUCACAUUCUGAACAUUUGGUUCAAAUAUAUUUUGGUCCUUGAACCUCAAAAUAUGAAUUAUUUCCAUGUUUUGAAAUAAAAAGAG